GAGAUAGAGGCAGAAAGUUGAGAAACAACCUCGUCAUCAUCAUAGUCAUCAAUGCUCCCAUUUUUUCCUAAUCUCUUUCGUUUUGUUUUAUUUGGUUACAUGUGACAGCAUAGCGUUCCAUUUAUUAAUCCCCUAAACUUUUUCCUUCUUUUCUCUUUUGGCCAUUCAUUCAUUCACCCACCUUUUUUUUUUUUUUUUUUGUUCUUCCGAUUUCUAAAUCUCCUCAUUCUUAUGUGAAUGAAUUUCUGAGAGAGAUCUGAAAGAUUUAAUAAUAUAAGAAGAAGAAGAAGAAGAAGAAGAAGAAGAAGAAGAAGGAAGGAGGAGGAGGAGAUGGAGAAGAAGAAGUAUCCGAUUGGACCAGAGAAUUACACUCUCUACGAGGAGGUCGGGCAGGGUGUGAGCGCUUCGGUGCACCGUGCUCUAUGUAAGACCCUCCGCGAGGAGGUCGCCAUCAAGAUUCUCGAUUUCGAACGUGGCAAUUGCGAUCUGAAUAGCGUUUCUCGUGAAGCACAAACAAUGAUCUUGGUGGAUCAUCCGAAUGUCCUUAAAUCACACUGCUCCUUCGUCACUGACCAUAAUCUGUGGGUUGUCAUGCCGUACAUGGCUGGGGGAUCUUGUCUUCACAUUCUGAAGGCUGCAUAUCCUGAUGGUUUUGAAGAAGCGGUUAUAGCAACCAUACUACGUGAAGUGUUGAAGGGUUUGGAUUAUCUUCAUCAUCAUGGGCACAUACAUCGAGAUGUCAAAGCUGGGAAUAUUCUCAUUGAUGCACGUGGUGCAAUCAAGCUGGGAGAUUUUGGUGUUUCUGCCUACCUUUUUGAUUCAGGUGAUAGGCAACGUGUGAGGAAUACAUUUGUCGGGACACCUUGCUGGAUGGCGCCUGAAGUUAUGGAGCAACUACACGGUUAUGACUUCAAGGCUGAUAUCUGGUCUUUUGGUAUAACUGCAUUGGAGCUUGCCCAUGGCCAUGCUCCUUUCUCAAAGUAUCCUCCGAUGAAGGUACUGCUUAUGACAUUGCAAAAUGCACCCCCUGGCCUUGAUUAUGAAAGGGACAGGAAGUUUUCUAAGUCAUUUAAGCAGAUGAUUGCUAGUUGCUUGGUAAAAGAUCCUUCAAAACGGCCUUCUGCAAAGAAGUUGUUGAAGCAUUCCUUCUUUAAGCAAGCUCGUUCAAAUGAUUAUAUUGCACGGACACUUUUGGAGGGGCUGCCCACUCUUGGUGAUCGCAUUAAGGCAUUAAAGAGAAAGGAGGAGGAUAUGCUUGCACAAAAGAAAAUGCCAGAUGGACAGAAGGAGGAAAUCUCACAGAAUGAAUAUAAACGAGGAAUUAGCGGUUGGAACUUCAAUCUUGAGGAUUUGAAGGCUCAGGCUUCCCUGAUCCAGGAUGUUGAUGACCCCAUAACUGAUAAUAUUCAAGGUGGAAGCUCAAAUUCUUUAUCUGCGGUUGAUGCACUUGAAAAGAAAUCACAGUUCCAAAACUCUUGCCAAGUUGCGGAUAUUGGAGAAAAUUAUGAGACGCAGAAUCAACCAACGCCUCUUCCACUAGUCUGCUCAACUAUAAAUGAAGCCAAAGUCAAAUUUUACAAAUCUGAUGAUGAAUCUAGCAUUGCCAGUUCAUGCAAUGAACAGCACAGUUCAUGGAAUUCUUCACCCCGUCAUGAUGAUCAUGCUGAUAGUUUUUUAGGUGAAAAGCCUAAUCUGGAGAACAAUGGGAAAAUGUUGGAGGGUAUGGCCAUUCCCUCUUAUCAGGGAAACGGAAGUUCAUCGGCCAUGACCAUGUUAGCAGACGUUACUGUUCCACCUAUUAAAGGGGAGAGUGAUAGGUUGCAAAAUCAGUCCCAGAACACUGCAAAUUGCAAUGCAGCAACAGUUAUACUGGCAGCAGAUGAUGUUCUCUCUGACGUUGCUUCUAGAGCAUCCAAAUCAUCAGCAAACAGUGAUGAACUUGAUGAGAAGGCAAAGGCACCAGUUGUUCAGCAGAGAGGGCGAUUCAAAGUUACAUCUGAGAAUGUUGAUUUCGAAAAGGUGGUCCCAUCUCCUGUACUUCAAAAGAGUCACAGCAUGCAGGUGAUUACCUCGCACCCUGCAAAUCCUCUACCAUCACCUGUACUGUCGCCUAUACCAUCUCCUUCUGAUGCUACACCAUCAAAUCUUGCUGGCUAUUCUUUUUUCCCAGUGUUGCAUUCUGUUUUGCUGACAAAUAUUGUUCAAAGGGAGAGUAUUUUAAGUUUAAUGAAGCACAUUGCUGCUGGUGACUCUACAGCCGACCUUGCGGUCAAUAGAGGAGACCUGCUGGCACAUAUUGCUGCAAUGGAGAAAUCUUUGCUUGAAGCAGCACAUGAUAGGGAGAAGGAGUUGCUUCAUGAUGUAACUGAGUUGCAGUGGAGGUAUUUACAUUGAUAUACCGCAGGCUCAUAUGUGCCCAAGAUGAGCUCCAGAAAUUAAAAACAGAAAAUGCUCAGUUUAACAGAUGAUAUGUUUUUAUCACAUGCCUCGUUUUGGUUGUAUGCCCAGAUUCUGACAUAUCAGUUUCAGGUAUGAUUCCAUUGUCCAGCCGGCGCUCGGGUAGAUGUAGAACAAAUUCUUCAAAGCCUAGAAUACUGACGAGUCUUAAAAAAAGAAAAAAGAAAAAAGAAAUAAAAAAUAAAUAACAUUAGUAAGGUUUAUAUUAUGGGUAUUAUAGGUCUCUUAUCUUGUAGUAGGUCAUGAGAAACCAAUUAUUACGUAUUUCACCAACUAAUGCAGAUUCAUUGUUGGUGAAACUCAUGUACAUGAUUUUGGAAUUCUUUUUUUCUUCAAAUUUUUUGCUUAUAAGUUGUAAAUAUAAAUGACCUUUAUGUCAGUCACAUUCUGAAUCCAUGUAGAAUUGGUUUUUCUUUCUCA